AUGCCUCCUAUAUCACCCUCCUCGAAGCGCUCUGGGCACUCCGAGCAGAGGACUCGACCGUACAUCCCCCUCCCCAUACUGCUCCUUACAUCUCUCAUACCCCUCCUAGCCCUAUUAUUCCCUUAUUUCUCGACCCAGCCGACUGCCCGUUUCUCGACAUACAUUCCGUCGAAUCGUGGUGAUCAUCCAACGGCAUUGAUACUUACCGCUCAUCCAGAUGACGAAGUGAUGUUCUUUCCACCUACUAUCUUAUCAUUAGUGUCAGAGGGAUGGACGGUUAGUGGAUUAUGUCUAUCGACAGGUAACUCGUCGGGUCUAGGGAAUAUACGUACAGAAGAAUUAUACGGGAGCUACGAAGUCUUAGGGGUUCUUCGUGAAAAUGUGAAAGUCAUUGAUCAUCCCAAAUUCCAAGACUCCAUGACUUCUCACUGGGAUGCAAGUCUGAUAUCGGACAUCUUACUUGACCAUUUGAAGGACCAUCCAGCAGAUCUGAUAAUAACCUUUGACGAGAUUGGAAUAACCCAUCAUCCCAACCACAUUUCUCUCCCUCAAGCUCUAGCUCUCCUGCAAACUCACACUCGGCCUAGUCCCAAAAUAACACACUUAAAAUCACCUGGGGUGGUCCCGAAAUUCACUGGACCCGUAUAUCCCAUGUACCUCAACUUACAAACAAUCCUUUUUCAUAUAUUCAAGUCUGAUGGACAGAAAGAAGGGCAAGGGGAGAAGGGGUUGGUCGUAGUUUCAUCUCCUGCUCAAUGGGUACAGAGUAUACAAGCUAUGAUGGCCCAUCGUACGCAACUAGUAUGGUUCAGGUGGUUGUACCUUGCUGCGUCAAGGUUGAUGUGGGUCAAUGAGUUGAUAGAAGUAUGA